GCAACAGAUCUCAUCAGUAUUUGUUGUGAAACAAUCCAAUUAAAUCAAAAUAAGCAACCUAAAUGCCAAUUUCCAUCAAACCCUCCACUGCCACUCAACUUAAACCACUCCAAAACCCUUUCUCCUCACCGUCCUCCCCUUCCUUUCUAAACCUCCGUCCCUCUAAACCCACCGCCACCGUCGCCGCCAUGAGAGGCCUAAUCUCCAGCAGAGCCAAACUCUUUGCCACCCAGUUGACGAAGCCUUCUCCGAUGAGGGACGUACGGAGUUACAGCCUUGUGCCGAUGGUGAUCGAGCACUCGUCUAGAGGGGAGAGAGCGUAUGAUAUAUUCUCGAGGCUUUUGAAGGAGAGAAUUGUUUGCAUUAAUGGGCCUAUUAAUGAUGACACUGCUCAUGUGGUGGUUGCUCAGCUUCUUUUUCUUGAAUCUGAGAAUCCUUCUAAGCCUAUUCAUAUGUAUCUCAAUUCUCCUGGUGGCCAAGUCACUGCUGGUCUUGCCAUAUAUGAUACAAUGCAGUAUAUAAGGUCUCCAAUCAACACCAUUUGUUUAGGUCAAGCUGCAUCUAUGGCUUCUCUCCUUUUGGCUGCAGGUGCCAAAGGUGAGAGGAAGGCGCUUCCUAAUGCAACAAUCAUGAUUCACCAGCCGUCAGGUGGGUAUAGUGGGCAGGCAAAGGAUAUGACUAUUCAUACCAAGCAAAUAGUUCGAAUUUGGGACUCGCUGAAUCAGUUAUACUCAAAGCAUACUGGGCAGUCAGUAGAUGUGAUCGAGAAGAAUAUGGACAGAGAUCAUUUCAUGACUCCGGAAGAGGCCAAGGAGUUUGGGAUUAUUGAUGAAGUAAUUGAUCAGAGACCAAUGACUCUAGUGACUGAUGCUGUUGGUGGUGAAGGCAAAGAAAAAGGCUCGAAAUAGGAGUAACAGAUGCGAUCUCAUGAGGAGGUUUUGCUGCUUAUGCAUUUUGCAUAUACUUUUCUUCGAUUUAUCUAAUAAUUAUAUUAUGUGGAUUUAGUUGAUUGUCGAAAUCUUUCAUUUUGUUUCGAUAUUUAAUUUGGGAUAUCAUGCACAUGCUCAUUAAAUCAUCAAUUCUUUGCUUUA